AUGUCGAGCCAUAAUGCCCAACUUUCCAAAGGAACACUGAAGUAUUUCCCCCAACCAGUUAAUCAAAAAUGUCACAGCUGUGAAGAACUAUCAAAAAAAUUUGACUUAUGUAAAGAUGCUGCUCAAAAGCAAUAUAAUACUUUACUUGAUAUUUUGGCGGAACACAAAGUUUUAUUGGAUCGCAUAGUUGCCCAAAAUGCAGUUUGCUCAAAUAUAAUGGGCAUUUUUCCAAUUAAUACCGAGGAAAAAUUGAAAGAAUUUGACACUAUGUUAGCUACGCAAGCAGAUCCAUAUAUACGGCAAAUCAAGUUACUUCUCGGUGGUAACGCUGAACGCAAUCUACAUCAGGUAUUUGGCCACGGUAUAAUUAUGAAUUUCAAUGUCGACGGAUCUUUCGGCAAAAAGCGUUUGCGGGAUUACGGCAAUGUGUUUACGGCUAUAAUAGCUGGAUACAUCUUUUGUCGGUGGGCCUAAGCUGUUUAGCUGCUGAGCGACGCUUUCCCAAAACUCCACUACAUCCUCUUUAGCUCCUUUUGCAAAGCCGCGAGCAAUGUCCGGCCUUUCGGUCAUGCAUUCUACCAUUUUUUCGUAUUGCGACCGAUUCGUUGUGAUCUUCGACCUGAUAAUUUUAAUUCGCUUCGCUCCGACACCAGUUGCUCUUCGUAGAAAAUUUCCGACAAAUACAUACAAAUUACAGCUACGUCGGAUUCAGG